AUGAUGAUGCAGUCAGGCCUGGAUGACAUGACUAAGCAGAAGAUGCUGCAGGCUAAGGCUCGUUCUAAUGAGGUCAGGAGAGAUGGUCUGAAUCUGGGGAAGAAGAUCAGCGUCCCAAAGGACGUGAUGAUGGAGGAGCUCAACCUUCCAUCUAAUCGAGGCUCUCGAAUGUUUCAGGAGAGGCAGAGGAGGGUCGAGAAUUUCACACUGGAGAACGCUGCCGGCGGUGCUUACUAUACCAACAAUGUCCAUCCAGAGGCUGUUCCUCCCCAGCAGAUCAUCCCAGAACCACAGGGUGGGAAAGAGAACCAGGCCUUCUCCAUCGCUGGUAAGCAUAGCCUGGUCGUGAACCUUCAGAAGACUGUAGCAAAGAAGGGCAGUCCUGACGUCCUCGCUCCAGGAUAUUCUGGUCCUCUGAAGGAAGUUCCUCAUGAGAAGUUCAACACAACAGUAAUCCCCAAAUCCUACUGGUCCCCGUGGAGGGAGGCUUUGGGAGGCAACGAAGAGCUCCUGAACACUCUCAAUUCCCAGCUGCCCCAGCUCCCACAAAGACUACAGCCUGCCAACUACAGGUGCUUCAACAGAUCUGCUAUGCCAUUCGGGGGAGCUGUGGCCAGCAAGAGGGUGAUCCCAGUGAUUAGCUUUGAUGCAGUGGAAUCCCAGAAACUGCCCGGCAUCGCUCUGGACCGCAUGUGUCGGCGGCCCAACUUCAACAGAGCACCCAGGGGAUGGGGAAUUGAUUACUGCCCUGAAUCUAAUGAACUAUGAAAAAAGGGCUGAUCAGCUAAAGACUGGCUAAGCUUG